AUGAUAACAAUUUCGAAAUUAUCUUCUGCUGGGAUGUUCUUGUCGUUCUUAAUAUUCUACUUAGGGAUACAGGGUAGCUAUAGGGGCGGUGAAUUAAUGGCAAGAGAUGUGCCAGAUUCUGUGCACUCCAGUGACCAGGUUACUGAUAAGUUAUUAUUUGUCAAUGAUUAUUGCAUUUCAGUGAAAAUAACUUUUGAAGUUUUUUUUUUUUAUAAAAGUGAACCAGUUGGAAAAAUAGUGGGCAAAGUUAGCAGCACAGUAAAAGACUUCCCGGCACAGACGGCAAGAACAGUGAAACAACAACUGCAACAACAACAACAACAACAACCUCAGGAUAAAACAAAACAAUCCGUCCAGCAAACAUUAGGAACAACAAAACAAAAUGCUCAAAAAGUUUUAACAGCAGUUCAGAGACAACAGCAACAACAGUUAGAAAAAGUAAAAAAUGUCGCUCAACAGUCGGCCACGAAAAUUCAACAAAAGGCCAAACAAACAGUUCAAACGUUAAGCAAACAUCUCGAUAGCACGGCCAACAAACUGAAGACAGCCGCACAAAGCAAGGUCAACGUUGAAACAAGGGAUGAAAAGAGUUUCGCCUCGAAAGCAAUCGAAUUCGUCACUAAGUCGGCCAAAAACUUGGCAAAGAAAGCGGCAAACAUGAUUCCUCAGAGGAAGCCGAGUAAGCAAACAGAUGCGGAUGGGAAGAUUAAAGUUGAAAGUGUGCCAGCGAGGAAACCUUCCAAGAACGUUGAAGCAUCUAUCAAAUCAGCAUCAUCAACUCUGGCGAGUAAAAAAUUAGUUUUAUUAAAUUAUGAGAGAUUCAUAACGUCGUUGAUGUUUUUUUUUGUUUGCCAGGUUAAACAAGCGCCAAAAUUAUCGAAGGAUGUGAAAGCAACAAUUGCCAGCAAGAAGAUCGAUAAAAAGUUGGAUACCGAUGGGGAUGGCAUUCCCGAUUAUUUGGACGAGGAUGAUGAUAAUGACGGAAUACCGGAUUAUCUUGAUACUGAUGACGAUGGUGAUGAGAUACCUGAUUCCCAAGAGGUUGAUUCCGAUGGCGAUGGAAUACCGGAUUACCUGGACGAUGAUGAUGAUAACGAUGGAAUACCGGAUAGCGAAGAUGACGACGACGAUGGUGAUGGCAUUCCAGAUUAUCUUGAAAAUUUGGAUACAGAUGGAGACGGUAUACUGGAUUAUCUGGAUGAUGACGACGAUAAUGAUGGGAUACCUGAUUCCGAAGAUGAUGACGACGAUGGUGAUGGAAUCCCUGAUGACCAGGAAACGGACCGAUUAUUGGAUACAGAUGGUGAUGGGAUACCGGAUGUAUACGACGACGAUGAUGACAAUGAUGGAAUACCGGAUAGUGAAGAUGAUGAUGAUGACGGUGAUGGAAUACCGGAUAAAGAUGAACUUGUGGAUACAGAUGGUGAUGGGAUACCGGAUGUAUACGAUGACGAUGAUGACAAUGAUGGAAUACCGGAUAGUGAAGAUGAUGACGACGAUGGGGACGGCAUUCCUGAUUCCCAAGAGGUUGAUACGGAUAGCGAUGGAAUACCCGAUUAUUUGGAUGACGAUGACGACAAUGAUGGAAUACCGGACAGUGAAGAUGAUGACGACGAUGGUGACGGUAUUCUGGAUUCUCAAGAAAUCGAUACAGAUGGUGAUGGCAUACCGGAUUAUUUGGACGACGACGAUGAUAAUGAUGGAAUACCGGAUAGUGAAGAUGAUGACGACGAUGGUGAUGGCAUUCCCGAUUCUCAAGAAGUUGAUACCGAUGGUGACGGCAUACCGGAUUAUUUAGAUGACGAUGACGACAAUGAUGGAAUACCGGAUGAUGAAGAUGACGACGAUGAUGGUGAUGGCAUUCCCGAUUUUCAAGAAAUUGAUACAGAUGGUGAUGGCAUACCGGAUUACUUAGACGACGAUGAUGAUAACGAUGGUAUUCCGGACAGUGAAGACGACGAUGACGAUGGAGAUGGAAUACCGGAUAAAGAUGAACUUGUGGAUACAGACGGUGACGGCAUUCCAGAUGUAUACGACGACGACGAUGAUAAUGAUGGCAUACCGGAUGAUGAAGACGACGACGACGAUGGAGACGGUAUCCCAGAUCACUUAGAACGGGAUACGGACGGUGACGGAAUACCGGAUUAUCUAGAUGAUGAUGAUGAUAACGAUGGCAUUCCGGAUGAUGAAGAUGACGACGAUGACGGUGAUGGUAUUCUCGAUGUUGAUGAGCCUGACAGUGAUGGGGACGGCAUACCGGACGAUCUUGAUGACGAUGACGACAACGACGGAUUGCCAGACUACUUGGACGAUGACGACGAUGGCGAUGGUAUCCCAGAUUCCCAGGAAAUUGAUACAGAUGGUGAUGGAAUACCGGAUUAUCUUGAUGACGAUGAUGAUAACGACGGUAUACCGGAUAGCGAAGACGACGACGAUGAUGGUGACGGAAUACCAGAUGCUGUAGAAAAUUUAGAUACCGAUGGUGAUGGCAUACCGGAUUAUCUUGACGACGAUGACGACAACGACGGCAUUCCCGACAGCGAGGAUGACGACGACGACGGAGAUGGAAUACCGGAUUAUAAGGAAAUCGAUACAGAUGGUGAUGGCAUACCGGAUUAUCUAGACGACGAUGACGAUAAUGACGGCAUUCCGGAUGAUGAAGACAACGACGAUGAUGGCGAUGGCAUCCCGGAUGACCAAGAGAAGGAUUCUGACGGUGAUGGCAUUCCCGACUACCUUGAUGAUGACGACGACAACGACGGAAUACCUGACGUAGAUGAUGACGACGAUGAUGGUGAUGGCAUACCGGAUAGUAAAGAGCUUGAUACCGACGGUGAUGGCAUACCGGAUUAUCUUGACGACGAUGACGAUGGAGAUGGCAUACCGGAUGAUGAGGAUGACGAUUCUGACGGUGAUGGCAUUCCAGACGAUCAGGAAAAAGAUACAGAUGGCGACGGAAUUCCGGAUUAUCUUGAUGACGACGAUGAUAACGAUGGAAUACCGGAUGCCGAAGACGAUGAUGAUGAUGGGGACGGAAUUCCUGAUAGUCAGGAGGUUGAUUCUGAUGGCGAUGGAAUACCGGAUUACCUGGACGAUGAUGAUGACAACGAUGGAAUUCCGGAUAGCGAAGAUGACGACGACGACGGCGAUGGCAUUCCGGACCGUCUUGAGAAUUUAGAUACAGACGGUGACGGCGUACCGGAUUACCUAGAUGACGAUGACGACAACGAUGGAAUACCCGACUACCUUGAUGAUGACGAUAAUGGCAAUGGGGUACCGGAUCACUUGGAAAAAGAUACGGAUGGAGAUGGCGUUCCGGAUUACCUUGAUGACGACGAUGAUAACGAUGGGAUACCGGAUAGUGAAGACGAUGAUGAUGACGGCGACGGAAUACCGGAUAAAGAUGAAAUUGACACUGAUGGAGAUGGCAUUCCGGAUGACAUUGAUGAUGAUGAUGACAACGACGGAAUACCAGAUGAUGAAGAUGAUGACGACGAUGGUGAUGGAAUUCCCGAUUCGCAGGAAAUUGAUACAGAUGGGGAUGGAAUACCGGAUUAUCUAGAUGACGAUGAUGACAAUGAUGGAAUACCCGAUAACGAAGACGACGACGAUGAUGGUGAUGGUAUUCCUGAUACGUUAGAGAAGGAUACAGAUGGUGAUGGCAUACCGGAUUAUUUAGACGACGACGAUGAUAACGACGGUAUUCCGGAUAGUGAAGACGACGAUGACGACGGUGAUGGAAUACCGGAUAAGGAUGAACUUGUGGAUACAGACGGAGACGGAAUUCCGGAUGUAUACGACGACGAUGAUGAUAAUGAUGGCAUACCGGACAGUAAAGACGACGACGACGAUGGAGAUGGUAUCCCAGAUUCAGAGGAAAUAGAUACGGACGGGGACGGAAUACCAGAUUAUUUGGAUGACGAUGACGACAACGAUGGCAUACCGGACAGCGAGGAUGACGACGACGAUGGCGAUGGCAUUCCGGAUGUUCUUGAAAGAGAUACUGACGGUGAUGGUAUUCCCGACUACCUAGAUGAUGAUGACGACAACGAUGGGAUACCCGAUUCGGAGGAUGACGAUGACGAUGGGGACGGUAUUUUGGAUAAGGACGAGUUGGAUACGGAUGGUGAUGGCAUUCCCGAUGAUCUGGACGAUGACGACGACAACGACGGCAUACCGGAUCAUCUUGAUAACGAUUUGAACAACAACGGUGUACCGGAUGCUGAAGAACUCGAUACAGAUGGAGAUGGCAUUCCCGAUUAUCUUGACGACGACGACGAUAAUGAUGGCAUUCCCGACGUGCUGGAUGACGAUAAAGAUGGGGAUGGCAUUGUCGAUGAUGAGGAUGGGGAUGGCAUACCGGAUAAUGAGGAAGAAGAAGUCAAAGAUAGCCCGAAGAGCAGUCGCAAGAAACACAGCAUCUCAGGCGAUGAUGACGAAGACGAUGCUGGAUUGAUGUUUUCCAAGCGGGAUAGUGACGGGGAUGGCAUUCCGGACUACCUGGAUGACGACGACGAUAACGAUGGCAUUCCGGAUCGAUUAGAUACAGAUUCAGAUGGUGACGGCGUUGCAGAUGAAGAUGAUCCAAAUUACGCCACGAAAUUUCUAAAAACUGUCGCCAAAUCAAAGUACAAAUCAGUCGAACCCCAGGAAGACCUUGACCUCUGGGAUUUUAUGACUACCUGGUACUUUGACAAGAAAUCAGAUGAAGCAAGCGAUGACGCAGAUAAUAAAGAUGACGAUGGUGAUAGUAAGAAAGGUGACGAUGGUGAUAGUAAGAAAGGUGACGAUGGUGGAGAAGAUGGGGAUGGUGACGGGAAAGAUGAAUCGUGGUUUGGAAUAACGAAAAAAAUGAAGAACUGGUUGUUUAAAAGUAAACCCGCGGAAGAGAAAAAGAGAGAUUGA